AGGGUAUAAAACAGACACGGGCACAGGACUGUCAUUCAGGGAAAGAAAAGCAUCUUAAGAGCACUUUAAACCAACUUACCAAUUACUAUUAAACAACAUCUCAGUGUUCAUUUUAUAAAGAUGGACUGCGAAGGAGUUAGCUUGUUUGUGUCUUUUAAAAACUCUGCAUUUCAUUCAGACAGUCCGAUGGAUUUUGAUGAAGUGGAUUGCUCUCUGAACGGAAGAUGUGACCUGCAUAAAGCAGUGACAGUGGAGACGAGGACUCAUCAUCACAGCAUGAAGCCGGUGGUGAACAUCGUUAUUGUUAUGCAUAAGAUGAUGAAGUCAUACAAACAACCAUCUGAAUUUGGUCGUCAUGAACUGCACACUUUCAUCAUGGAGAAUGUGCUUGAAGAGCGGAUCAUUAGUUCGGCUAAAGCAGGACCACGUUACAUCAAGUCCAAGGUUUUACAAUAUUCUGUGUGUGAUCAAUAUCAGAAAACUCUGAUUCGGAGCAGCGAAGAUCGUCUGAUGGCCGCAACCCUGAAGGGAGGAAAUAUCAAUCAGAAAGUUCAGUUUAAUCUAUGCACAUACAUAUCGCCGAGUUCCAGCGUGGCUGAUUCCCAACCCGUCUGUUUGGGAAUAUCCAACACCCGUCUCUAUCUUGCUUGUAGCAGAACGGACUCAUCGAGUCUUCCAAAACUGGAGUUAAGGGAGAUCAAUGACACCCUGAACACCAUUGAAGCCGAUGAUCCAAUGGGCUACGAUCACCUGCUCUUCUACAGGAAAGAGAGCGGCGUGGCUUACAACACUUUUGAAUCUCUUAAAUUUCCUGGCUGGUUUAUCAGCACAACGUUCGAAGAUUUUGAGGAAGUGGAAGUGUGUCAGAAAUCUGUUAACCACAUCAGCUCGUUCAAGCUGAUCGUUUAAGAUCUGACCCGGAGCUGAUAAAAUGAUCUCAUUCAAGAAACCUCGAGUAUGUACCAAGUACAGUGAGUUAUCUGAAUAUAUUGAUAAUUACUAACCUGCAAGGGUUUGUCAUGUAUGGAUAUCUAUGUCACUCUGUUUUUUUACUUCUUAUAUUUUGGGAAUGGUAAAUUCACAUUGAAUUCUUUGACGUGUAUAAAUGUGUCUGUAAUGUAUUUGUAUUUAUUUAAUAUUUUAAUUAUUUAUUUUAACUAUAUUUGCACUUGGUUUUGUAUUUUUUGUUUUUGUACUUGUACUUUUAAAAUAAACCUUAAAGAUGGGAA